UCAUCUUUUCUCUUACAGAUGAUACUAACCGUGUUCUUGAGCAACAAUGAACAGAUUUUGACCGAAGUUCCUGUGACACCAGAAACGACGUGUCGAGAUGUCGUGGAGUUUUGCAAGGAGCCUGGGGAAGGCAGUUGCCACUUGGCUGAGGUGUGGAGGGGAAAUGAACGCCCCAUACCCUUUGAUCACAUGAUGUAUGAACAUCUUCAGAAAUGGGGGCCGCGGAGGGAAGAAGUGAAAUUUUUCCUUCGACAUGAGGAUUCCCCGACCGAGAGCAGUGAACAAGGUGGCCGUCAGACCCAAGAGCAGAGAACCCAGAGGAAUGUAAUAAACGUGCCUGGAGAGAAGCGUGCUGAGAAUGGGGCGGGGCACCCGCGUGUGGAGCUGACCCUCUCAGAGCUCCAGGACAUGGCAGCCAGGCAGCAGCAGCAAAUCGAAAACCAGCAGCAGAUGUUGGUCGCCAAGGAGCAGCGUCUGCAUUUUCUAAAGCAGCAGGAGCGCCAUCAGCAGCAGUCGAUUUCUGAAAAUGAAAAGCUUCAGAAACUGAAAGAGCGAGUGGAAGCCCAGGAAAACAAGCUGAAGAAGAUCCGAGCCAUGCGGGGGCAGGUGGACUACAGCAAGAUCAUGAACGGCAAUCUGUCUGCCGAGAUAGAGAGGUUCAGCGCCAUGUUCCAGGAAAAGAAGCAGGAGGUGCAGACGGCCAUUCUGCGCGUCGACCAGCUCAGCCAGCAGCUGGAGGACCUCAGGAAGGGGAAGCUGAACGGGCUGCAGCCUUACCCCGGCAAGCUGACGGGCCCGGCCGCCGCGGAGCUGAAACGGCUGUACCAGGAGCUGCAGAUUCGUAACCAGCUUAACCAGGAACAGAAUUCAAAACUGCAGCAGCAGAAGGACCUCUUAAAUAAGCGCAACAUGGAGGUGGCCAUGAUGGACAAGCGCAUCGGCGAGCUGCGCGAGCGUCUGUACGGGAAGAAAAUCCAGCUGAGCCGUGUGAACGGCGCGUCGUCACCACAGUCACCCCUGAGCACGCCCGGCAGGGUGGCGGCCGUGGGACCUUACAUCCAGGUUCCCAGCACCGGCAGCUGCUCAGCGCCAGGGGACCCUGUAAAGCCCCAGUCUCUCACUGUUGCUUCAGGAGCUGCCCAUGGGAGGCCCAAACCCGAUGGCCAUGGUAGACCCAGAGUGACCCGCUCGUGGACAGUGUCCGACCUGGACAUCGGGCCCGACUGCGGCUCCGCACGGCAAGCUGCAGACUCCCUGACAGACCCUAAUGAUGGAAACUGGCCAACACUAAAACAAAAUAUGAGCUCUUCGGUGAAACCAACACAGAUGGCCCCUGUGGACUGGAAGGACCCGAGCGUGGAGGGGCCGCUCAGGCAGGGCCCCGUCUCCAGCCAGCCUGCGCCCUUGUCAGCUCUGGGAGCCCCGGAGAAGCUGGGCAUCGAGAUGGGUAAAAUGCCACCCCCCGUCCCUGGUGUUGGCAAGCAGCUGCCGCCGAGCUACAGCACACACCCAAGUCCUGCGCCCGUGGGUCCAGGGCCCACAAACUCCCUGGAAAGGAGGAAGGAGGGCAGCUUGCCCAGGCCCAGCGCAGGCCUGGCCGGUCGGCAGAAGCCCGGCCCUCUGCCCUCCGUGGGCAGCACCCACCCGCCGGGCUCCUCCCAGCAGAUCCAGCAGCGGAUUUCUGUGCCCCCGAGCCCCACGUACCCGCCCGCAGGGCCGCCUGCAUUUCCCACUGGAGACGGCAAACCCGAGCUCCCACUGACUGUGGCCAUCAGGCCCUUCCUGGCAGACAAAGGGUCCAGGCCACAGUCCCCCAGGAAAGGACCCCAGACAGUGAAUUCAAGUUCCAUAUACUCCAUGUACCUCCAGCAAGCCACGCCCCCCAAGAAUUACCAGCCCGCAGCGCAUGGCGCCUCGAAUAAGUCGGUCAAAGCAGUGUACGGGAAGCCCGUCCUGCCAUCGGGCUCGGGCUCUACGUCCCCGUCGCCGUUGCCGUUUCUUCACGGGCCGGCCAUGGAGAGCCUGCCGCGGCCGCUCAGCCCCACCAAGCUCACUCCCAUCGUGCACUCCCCGCUGCGCUACCAGAGCGACGCCGACCUGGAGGCCCUGCGCCGGAAGCUGGCCAACGCGCCGCGGCCGCUAAAGAAGCGCAGCUCCAUCACGGAGCCCGAGGGCCCGGGCGGGCCCAACAUCCAGAAGCUGCUCUACCAGCGCUUCAACACCCUGGCCGGCGGCAGGGAGGGCACCCCGUUCUACCAGCCCAGCCCCUCGCAGGGCCUCACGGGCACCCUGGCCGACAUGGACAAUGGGAACACCAAUGCCAACGGGAACCUGGGGGAGGCCAGCCCUGCCCAGCCCACGGCCCCGCUGCCCGCCGAGCCUGCUCCUGCCUCGGACGCCAACGACAACGAGCUCCCUUCCCCUGAGCCUGAGGGGCUCGUCCGUCUCCAGACCACCCCCCAGACCGUGGAGCCUGCGGAGGACAACAACAACAACGUGGCUACGGCCCUGUCCACGGAGCAGGUCCCGAGCCCCGGGGCCGAGGCCCCCUCUCCAGGGGAAGAGCCAGUUUCCCCAUCACGUCCCCCCGUCGCACCCCUGCUCGCAGCCUCUUCGAGCAAGCGGACCAAUCUGAAGAAGCCCAACUCCGAGCGCACUGGCCGCGGGCUGCGCGUCCGCUUCAACCCCUUGGCGCUGCUCCUGGACGCGUCCCUGGAGGGAGAGUUCGACCUGGUGCAGAGGAUCAUCUACGAGGUGGAAGACCCCAGCAAGCCCAACGACGAAGGGAUCACCCCGCUGCACAACGCCGUCUGCGCCGGCCACCACCACAUCGUGCGGUUCCUACUGGACUUUGGUGUCAACGUGAACGCCGCCGACAGCGAUGGCUGGACGCCGCUGCACUGUGCCGCCUCCUGCAACAGCGUGCACCUCUGCAAACAGCUGGUGGAGAGCGGUGCCGCCAUUUUUGCCUCAACCAUCAGCGACAUUGAAACUGCUGCGGACAAAUGCGAGGAGAUGGAGGAGGGCUACAUCCAGUGCUCCCAGUUUCUGUAUGGGGUGCAGGAGAAGCUGGGCGUGAUGAACAAGGGCGUGGUGUACGCGCUGUGGAGCUACGAGGCCCAGAACAGCGACGAGCUGUCCUUCCGAGAAGGUGACGCCAUCACCAUCCUGAGGCGCAAGGAUGAGCACGAGACCCAGUGGUGGUGGGCUCGCCUGGGGGAUCGGGAGGGCUACGUGCCCAGAAACCUGCUGGGGCUGUGUCCUCGGAUCCAGCCCCGGCAGCGAACGCUGGCCUGAGCCCCCGCCAAGGAGCCGCUGACCUGCGUCCCUGCGCGGAAGCUGGAGUCUAUGGUGCUCACGCAGCAGCAGCCCACAAUGUGAACCGCAGGCUCGGGAGGCCUCCCCCAGCCGCCUCCUGAGGACUGAGCUUCGCCAAUGACUGUCAACCCAAAUAAACGCCCAGCUUUCUACGCCUGUUGCCAAUAGAAGCCCUAGAGUGAACCCCCGGAUGGUUGCCAGUGGAGACCAAGGCCUGACUGACUGGCCCCAAAGCCACCCUCAUGCUCCACGUCCCUCACCAGCAGUGAGCGCGCCCGCUGCUGUGCGUGCCCCCCCGAGCCCUGCCCGCCUGCCGCUGGGCACCACAGCACCAGGUCCUUCCCUUCAUGACCAGAGCAGCCUGCAGGGAAACCCUGACACGGGGGCUCCACUUCCUGUUCCGGCCCGUGGUGGGGGGCUGGACUUCAGGCCCCAGGCAGGGACCUCGAGACCAAGGCCAGGAGCCUGUCCGCACUGACCUCCGCGCUCCCUUCUCUGCAGCCCUUGCUGCCCAGGUGUGGUUCCGAUCCCCGCUCAGCCCCUCGGUUUCAUUAAUUCACGGGAACCAGAAACAAGAGAAAUGCCAUUGGCUGUGCCUGGUUGGGGCUGGGUGGGCCCUGAGUGUAGGCAGACACUGCCCCCCACCAGCCAGGAGCCUGAGGUUGGUCACUCGGGUGGCAUGGUCGUCAGGAGGGGUAGCUGUGGGCAUGAGGGUGGGCCUCCCCGUUGGGCCAGCCGUGAUGCGGUGACCUUGGCAGGCCCUUCACCGAAGGCAGCUGAAGGCACAGGCUUUUAUACCAAAAGUAUUUUUGACUAGACGUUUGCAACUACCAGGAUGAUGCUGGAGAUGUCGAUUAGUCUCUCUCAUUAAAUUCCAGGCCCGUAGGCUUUAUUUUCCAUGGACGAGUCUGUGUAUAAUUCUGUAUAGACGUGUGUAUAGACCGUUGCUGUACUGGUCCCCUUUAAGCAUUGAGUGUACACAGUGCUGAUGGAGCGUGAAGACCCCGGGGCAGCCUCUGCCGGGGUCCCCUCCACCCGAUGCCGUGUAACGUGCGCAAUAAACACUGUUUCCCCGUG